GUAGAGUCUAUGAAUCAGGUGAAUGAUUAAGUGAAAUCCCGAACUGCAUUUGUUUGAAAUUUAUCGACAGGAUGUGGACUGACUUAGAAAUGAUAACACCGGUUUCAUACUCUUAUCGCAAAGUUACAAAUAAUUCUACCGUGCUAUCUUUAACGGUUAACAGAAGAGGUACGCAAGGCCGUUGCCCGUUAGCAAUGAGCAUGUUUUAACAGGUGUAAGUAUUGCAAGCAACCGGUAUAAAUCCCAAACGUAAAUGUCGUGAGGUGCUGCCGGUAUAAAUGCCGGUAUCAAUCCAUUAGGUAUAAAUGCCCUAAACGCCGGUAUAAAUGCCAUGAGGUGUUGCAAAAGAAGAGCCACAGUAUUCACACACCGCCGAAAUCAUUUAAAUUUGAGUAGACAGUUAAACAUGUAAGCAAGUUUAUCUGACCGCUGACGUAACCGAAACCUAAUCUUUUUGUUGCUUCAUAAUUAUUGCUGCAUAUUUAUUUCGCUGUUAAGUUGUGACAAUAAACAGGAUGUCCAAAACGGCUAUCGUUGUAUUAGUCGACGUUUCCAGCAGCAUGCGGCAUGUAUAUUCCAGUGUACAGAAUCAGAGCGACGACACAAAAACCUCCCGGAUGCAGUCAGUGUUUGAUUCGGUGGUCCAAAUCGCCUCCGAAGAAAGCGGAAAAAAGGACUGCAGAAUAUCUGCAGAGUGCAUUGUCGAUAUUUUAUCAUUGCUGAAGUUUCAGAAUACCGUUCGCUUAAAGAUAAAAAAUAGCGAAGGUUGCGGUAAUCCAGAAUCGCGGGAUGCUGAAGUUAGGCUACGUCAAAAUGACAAAAAGCGGCAAAUAGCCCGAAUGUUGGAUCGGGAAUUGACCAGUGAACUAAAAGUACUGGUGGUUAGGGAUGCGAUCAGCAAAAUGAAGACGAGAUUACUUAUGUAUGUAAAAAGGGAAAUGAGACCUGCAUUACUUCGGAGUGUGACGAGCAAAAUAAAAGCAAAAAAAUUCCGUGGGGUGACCUACAAGAUGAAGGAAAAGUUACUUAAAGAUGCGGCCAAUAAUAUGGAAAACCGGAUACGUUGGUAUGUAAAGAACCAAAUGGAGCAGACGCUUCAUCGGUAUUUGGCAGAGGAAAUUGAGCGACGGCUAAAUGCCGGGAGCGGAAAGGAAGUAAUACUAUCUUAUUCGGAAACGGGUGGAGAAAACAGGUUAAUUUCAGAGAUGACGAACCAAAUGAAAAAAGUCCUUCUUCAGUAUCUAACAACGGAAAUGCAGAAAGUAUCGGCACUGACAAAUUUAUUUACUCGAUACUGGCGGGGCGAGGCAAAGGAAAGCCUACUUCGAGAUGUAACAGAAGAAAUGAAAUAUUAUAUUAAAUGCGCAGAGUUCAAACGCGGACUUACUUACAACGUUUUUCACCCUUCACAUACAGACAUCGAACGCAAAACCGCGCCCGUUUACACGUCUUGCAUGUAUGUGUGUACGGGCUAAACGCGACCGCAUGCGCACAACAGUCAUGACAUACAGACUGACAUUAUGCGUGCUGACAUUAUGCUACUAAAUUCGUAAAAUUGUAUCAUCACAUUUUUAAAAGUUAAAUAAUGCCAUAUAAUCUGUUGGAAAGCACCAAAACAAGGUGGACUGGGAAUAUCUACGCACUAUUAUUUUAAGCUAAAAUAAAUAAAAGAAAUACGGUAAACAAUAUUUCUGGGUAGCCAGAACAAAGUGGGAACCCGCCACGCGGUUAAGCAAAGUAUACAAUUUGCUGUCAUAAAUCCAGACGAAACAUCAAAAAUGAUGAACUGACCUGAUAAUAAAAAUAAAUUGUGGCUUACCACGGAAGGCUGUCUAGCAGCACAAAUUGUAGUCGGGUAUGGAACCAGGUUAAGAACUCAAGCACAGUAGACAGUAAACUGUAAAUAGCACCAACAGCUGGGUAGCCAGCGCGCAGGGUUCCCUGCGAUACGACGGCAGCUAUACACGACAAGCUACACUACAAAUCAUUAAAGACAGCCACAAGGAUUCGCGAACCUUUUGGCAAGCUCCGAUUCAAUUGUAGUACGCUAGUCAGCUGCAAUGGGAUUUGAAAUUAAAUUAAAAGAUGAUCAGAAAACAAACAAUUUGUAACAGAGGCGCACCUGGCCGAACACUGAUACUGCAUAGUCUAAUCUGGAUUCCCAGAACACAGGCUUCCCUGCACUAUAGAUGCAUAUCAGUUUUAUACUUCUAAUUUCAAUAAGAAACGAAAAGGCAAGAUUUAAAAAAAACUUAAAAAAAGACGGAAAACCCUGUCGUUUUACUGUUUAACCGUCGCUGUCAGACCAAAGUAUGGAGAAACGAUCACGUGGUUUUGAAUUUUGCUAUUGGCGGUGGGCAGCCUCGAUCUAACUUAGAAUGCUGAACCACCAAUAAAAAUCGCGGAAAAGCGAAGUUUGUAAGUACCUGGGCGUCGCUUAGACCCGUUACAAGGUGCGCCCAUGUUGGUAACGGUUUUCGUCGACGCCCACCGACAGACAUCGAGCAAAAAGCGACUUACAUCGAAGCCCAGCCAAUUGGAACUUGGUACGCCUAUUUCGAGCUUCGAUUAGGAGAUGUGACCCAUGAAAUGGAUCAGGGACUACUUGAGAAACUGACAAGCGAAAUGAACGUGGAAAAAAUCAUUUCCAGCAAAAUGCAAAAAUACUGGGCUUAUCAUGAAGUACUCGUAUGCUACGCCAUUUCACCACCUGAAAGUGGGCCUUUCCAAGAAUCCGGUGCUGAUGCUCCAAGCAGGACACCAGAAGCCGACAGGCAGAAAAAAGAGUCCUCGGUUAACACGGUCGAAAGAUUACUCAGUGCACGACAAGCUCUAGCAACCAAAUAUGGAAAUUUUCUCAAAUACAACAAAUAUCUCUUACUGCUAACCAGAUACGCAAGCUCAUCAGAAGACCAGGAAGGAAGUGCCGAGGAAGGCCUAGUCACGGGUUUUUUUGAAGAGUUGGAAGACGACUUCUCUGAAGUUCCAUAUCGUCGUUUAAUUGAGCUUUCAGUGCAUGACGUUCUCGAAUACUGCACUGCGAGUGGGAAUAGCAGAACAGCGGUCUUGCAGCAGGGUCCAGGGUUUGAUUUAUUGAUCGCUUUGUUGGAAAACAACGGCGCACCCAACUGUGCUCAGUAUGUACGGAAAUACCUGACGCACGACGAGUGCUUCUUCUUGCAUACCUUCCACUCCACGGAGCGAGGGUUCUUGGCGGAAGCUGUCAAUACGCUACCGCGUGUGUGCCGACAGACGCCAGCAAAGGACGUUUUCUGUGGUUUGCAAGGACGGACAGAGUUAGCGGCAAAAUCUUCAAGCAUAAAGUCGGCAUCCGGUAAUUUUGUGGAUAACGUGCUCUGUUAUAUUGCCGGAUUCGGUUCUACCAAACGGUUGUCUUCAAGAGCGAUCGACGAUACACCAGAAAAUGAGCGAGAGAAUGCCAGAAACCAAAUUAGAAAAUGUACCGAUCAUAUCCUUAAAAGACAUAGUCGGCCUGAUUCCGUCCAGUUGGAGGUGGCGGUUAGCAUAAUAACAGAAGCAGCUGGAAAAAAUAAAAACGAAAAACGAACCCAAAAGCUAACAAAGGAUCAACUCGAUCGGAUUAUCCAGAGUAUAGAACCCUACAUUUACGGAGACAAUACACCGAUGUGCGCCGCCUUAUUAGCCGCCUAUUCCAUUCUGAAAGGUAAAGGCAACUCUAGUGAAAAGAAUGCCCCUUUCCGACAGAGACGUGGCCUUAUCGACCGCGUUUUCUCUUCAAGAAAUAACAAUAGCUUCGGCGCAGAGCGGAAGAUGCUGUUUUUAAUGACCGACGGCUAUACCACCGACGGCACGAUACCAAUCGUACCGCCCGGUCUAAAAGUAAACGUGGCCACUUGUUUUAUCACCGACAAUGACGAGCUUAAGCAAUGCAAAACCUUGCAUUAUCGAGAUGACGAGAUCUGCUGGAGCGAGCAAACGUGGGAAACAACAAAACUAGAUCCCGCCUAUCAAAAAUGGUUGUGCGAGCAACGACGAGCGCUAUUUAGACUUUGCACUACCGUACCAUGCCGACAUCCCGCUGUACAGUUUCUCAGACGCCGGAAAUGGAAGAUUCCAGAAGAGGGGGAAGUCAGACUGUUUGCUUUCGUUAACGAUCCCGAAGCCAUCGAAGAUUUUACAACCGUGGUGCAGUCCUUAGCUAACAGUGGUGACGCGACAGCGAAUUUAAUUGCUAGGGUCGCCCUGGAUGAUUAUAUCAAUUGCGAGAUGCAGGCCGCCGCAAAUUCGCCUCGUAAACAACAAGAUGCAACCUGCUACGCCUACGCAACGGCGACUGUUUUCCAUCUGGUCAUGAAGCGGAUACAAGGCCGAGAAGGAGGUGUACCUGCAUUCACAGAUUUGUAUAAUGAAUUUGUUAAUGAAUUUGGAACCAGUUCGGCGAACACAGAGACAGUAAUCAAAACAUUUGCAACAAAGUAUCGGCUGAAAUAUCGCCAGUUGAAUGUCAAAUCGGACUGUGAAGCCGGAGACAGGCGCGAUGCAAAUAGAGACGGUGAAUACACUACCGGGUGCGAAGCAAGACAAGCUUUGAAUGGUGGCCGCCCUCUAAUUGCCACGUAUCGUCUCAGCAAACGACAAAACGAGAAUUUCAAUCAAUUCUACAAGAGUAACAAACAAGGCAUCCUGAUGAAAAAUGACUUGGGAGGAUGUGGCAACGAGCCAACCGACGGCCAUGCGGUUGUACUGAUCCACUGCGAUCCCGUUUGUCUGGUGUUUCUGAAUUCGAGAGGAAAAUCAUUUGCCGACAACGGGCUGUUUCGAGUUGCUGAUAAUUCUGUCUUGGACUGUAAAUAUUUUGAAGUUUACUGGGAAGAAAGCGCAUUGAGCGAAGAGGAAAAACAGGAGUUUACGCUCUCCGGGUACAAAAAGGCACACGAUUUAGCCCGACAGCUUCCUUAUUCAAUCCAGCAAUUACCUUAUCAAUGUCCAAACUGUUUGCAAAUGUCCCCAGCCAACAAAUUCACCGGCAAUUUCGUAGUAGCAACCUGCCCAAAGCGAAACUGCAAGAAAACCUUUAUGCCAGCGCCUAUUGGAUUUGUUGCCGGUUUAUAGCAUCGGAGUUGUGCAUAGACUGGCAAGUGGCACACGCUUGUGAAAGGGGAUGACAUGAGUAACUAAUGCAAGCUUCCGAUUAUCGCGAGACAGAACAAUGAUUUCCAGUAGUUUCGUACGUCUAAAUAACUCCAUUUGAUUCGCUUUCGUUUUUUCCUUAACUAUCAACUUUUACGACUGCCCGAUGUGCAGCAACACGCUAUGCGCGUGUUAUAUCACAAGCCAGCGCAUCAAAGCAUUCGCAACUAAUUUUUUCAGCAAUAACAAUCAUGUCAUUUAGUCUUGACCAAAAAUAAUCAGACCAAAAGAAAUGUUGGUUGUG